GUUACUUUUUUCAAAAGGAAACUUAUUCGAGUUAAUGAAAUAUUAACAAAAAUAAACUGAAUUGAGAAAAGGUAUCAAUUUUGCGAUCCAUCAGUGACUGGACGGAAGGAUCAACGAGAAAUUUUGCGAGCAAAUUAUGUUCAAUAUUUGGCAACUAAAUCUAUUAGAUGAUCUUUGACUUUUAAAAAUGACUCUUGGCUUGUCCACUAAUAACACUUAUUCCAACUAUAAGACUUUUUAGAUUAGACAAUAUAAUGAAUAUGAUGAGUGUUAAACUUUUGCACGUAAAGUAUGACUGCUGUUCUGCUUACGUCUGCUUCUGGGUGCGAUAGGAAUGAACUGGGUAAGUGCUUGGAAUUUGUGCUCAAAAUUUACUGUCAAAUUUCAAUAAUAAAUUUCUAUUGUUUAACAAUAAAAUCGAUGGAAAAAGAGAUCGAACUGUCAAACCAAUCAUUUGCAUCUUGAUUUAAUUCCAGUAUAAAAUGAACUGAUUGUAAUCUCAUUAAAACAUAUCCAAGUUUUGAUUCAUCAUUCGAUUCUGUAUGAAAUCAUUGAAAAUGAAAUUCUUUGUGUUGCUCUUUCUUUUACUAGUUACCGCAAUAAGUAUAACACUUGCAUGUGAAUGUGGUUUGGAAGGUUCCACUAGCCGAAUCUAUAGAGGCUCAAAAGUUCGACCCAACAAGUAUCCCUGGUUAGCUUAUAUUAGGAGUUAUUCCGAUCGCAAAAAUGGUUCAUACCAUCGAUGUGGAGGCUCAUUGAUUGAUGAGAGACACAUUAUUACUGCUGCUCACUGUGUUGUCAAUGCGAAUGGGAAAGUUUACAGUCUAUCGAACCUCGACGUCUUCCUCGGGCUCGUUAAGGCAUUCAAUGUGUCAUCUAAGCCAAAUUCUGUUUCAAAAGUUUGGAUCCAUGAUAAGUACGAUACUUCCGAUCUUUCCAACGACCUCGCUAUUCUGACUCUUUCAAAGCCUGUUAAAUACACCCAAACAGUUGCACCAGUUUGUUUACCGAACUUUGAAAAUGGUUUAUCAACACUGAUGGUUGCUGGUUGGGGACGCACAGCAGCUAAUGCUGGAUUCACUAAUGAUUUAUUGGAAGUUGAAGUCGACUACUUGACUAAAAAAGAAUGUAAUGAUUUGAAGAAAGAUUACGAGAUGAAAUUGGAUGGGAUUAGCGAUUCAAUGAAGAGCCAAGUCGAAGUUGAAAGUGUUGCUGAGACUCAUAUGUGUGCGAUCAACAAGAAAACAAAAGGCGAUUCCUGUUCAGGAGAUUCAGGUGGACCUUUGAUGUACCAAGGAGAUAACGGACGAUACUAUCUAAUGGGAAUUGUUUCAGGCUCAUGGGCUGAUUGUGGAGAGGUCGAAGAGAUAGCAGGUCUUUACACUCGAACCUUUAUCUAUAAAAAUUUUAUCAAAUCAAUAGCUACUAACGCGUGUUGGCAAACUAAGCAUUAAAAUUUGCUGUUAAUUGCUCAAAAUUCUGAAAUAAA